CGUCCAUUCAGUUAUUAAAAUGAGUGAAAAGUCUAACGUGAUGAGAAACAUCCGAGUUGAGAAGCUCGUCAUCAACAUUUGCGUUGGUGAGUCUGGAGAUGCUGUCUCCAAGGCUGCUCGUGUCCUCCAGCAGAUUUCUGGUCAGGAGCCCAUUUACGGAAAGGCCCGUUUCACCAUUCGUUCCUUCUCCAUCCGUCGUAACGAGAAGAUCUCCGUGCAUGCCACCAUUCGUGGUGAGAAGGCUCUGGAGAUUUUGGAGCGUGGUCUGAAGGUGAAGGAGUACGAGCUGGUGAAGAGAAACUUCUCCGACUCCGGAAACUUCGGUUUUGGUAUUCAGGAGCACAUCGAUCUGGGUAUCAAGUACGAUCCCAACACCGGUAUCUUCGGUAUGGAUUUCUACGUGCAGCUGGCCCGCCCUGGUGGCCGUGUGAGCAAGCGUAAGGCUCAGCGCAGCCGCAUCGGCUAUUCUCACAAGGUGACUCGCGAGGAGGCCAUGGAGUGGUUCAAGAAGACGUACGAUGGAAUCAUUCUGGACAAGGCGAAGUAAGCAGCGGAGCAUUCGAAGUUGACUACCAUUCCUACAACUUUAUGGGACGCCUUUGU